CCAGGAGCUACAGCAUGUCGUCGCAUUUCUACCAAGCCUGCCCUACACCUUUCUCCUGCCGGAAGGGCUCCUCCGCUAAUGACCUCUUGAGAAGGAAGUGCUCCGUCCUGUUUUGCCGAAUGCGGAAGUAGGUUGCGCAUAAACCCUUAUUGAAUUCAAUUGGAGCCGAUCGUAUCGUUAUUUAUUUAUUUUAAAAAUAUCUUACGCGUCGUUUUCAUAUACACAAAAGAGUGCAUUGUCAAAUGUUUUCUCAUAGUUCGUGUCGCUUGCGUUCCGUCUUUUCCUGCGUAGCUUACAACAACCUUAAAAGAGGACGGCGGAGGACAAUCUCAGGACACACUAAUGCAAAGCAUACGAACAUUUCAGUGACGCAACCGAGCCGCCUCUUCCACAAAGAAAUGGGAGAGUUGUACGAAAUCCAUUCUGUUCAAAUGUAUCUCCGGCAACUCAUGGAGAAUCACAAAGCUCUCGGCCAGAAGUUGCACCGUGCCAACCUGAGCGAAGCUGACAGGAAAGUAAUGGUGAAGAAACACACUGAGCUGCAGCCUUUGGCAAACGUUUUUCACAAUGUUGAGCAGGCGCUGAAAGAUCUUGACGAAGUGCAGUCCAUUUUGAAUUCACCAGCGGGUUCUAAAGAUGAAGUUGAACAGUUUGCUCAGCUGCUAAAGGAAGAGGAAGCACUUAUCUCAGACAGGGUUUCAGUCUUAAAGAAAGAGUUAAUCAAAGCUCUAUUGCCGACUGACCCUCUGGACUCUAGUAACAUUCUGCUGGAGGUUGUUUCAGGACGAACAACGGGAGGUGAUAUAUGUCAGCAAUUCACCAGAGAAAUGUUUGACAUGUAUCAGGGUUUUGCUGCUUACAAGAACUGGGAUUUUGAGAUGUUGAACUACACUCCUGCCGAAUAUGGUAUGUACAGUAUUAUGCAUGCGAAGAUACAGUGGAGCCUUGACACUUUACUCAUGUCCUCCGUAGGUGGUUUGCAUCACGCGGCUGUGCGGCUAGCUGGGGAGAACGUGUACAGACAUCUAAAGCAUGAGGGGGGAACACACCGGGUGCAGAGAAUUCCCGAGGUGGGCCUGUCCUCCAGGAUGCAGCGCAUCCACACUGGAACCAUGACUGUGAUCAUCCUGCCUCAGCCUGUUGAGGUGGCUGUCAGCAUCGACCCUAAAGAACUGCGUGUUGACACAUUUAGAUCUCGAGGUGCUGGUGGUCAAAGUGUCAAUACAACCGAUAGCGCUGUGCGCAUUGUUCACCUUCCCUCAGGUAUUACAGCAGAGUGUCAACAGAGCCGCUCUCAAUUGCAAAACAGAGAAACUGCCAUUCGCAUGCUGAAGGCCCGCCUCUACCAGAGCAUGAUGGGUAAAGAGACCGAGCAGAAGCAUUUGGCACGUAAGCAGCAGGUGGGAACACGCUCGCAGUCAGAAAGGAUUCGCACCUACAACUUCAGCCAGGAUCGGAUCACAGACCACCGCAUUGGCUACAUUUGCAGAGAUAUUAAGGAGUUCAUGCGAGGAGGAGAGGCGCUUGAUGAUCUCAUCACGGUCGUGCUUGAACACGCAGAAAGGGAGGCUCUUCUGGACCUGGUGGAGAAGAGCAGAAUAAGUUUGUACUCUUCUGCAGACUGACACACGCCAAAGCUGGCUGUCAAGUUUGGGCCUUGAUAGUUUUCAGCAACAAUGUUGAAAACAGGGGAUAUGAGGUGUUGUCACAUUGCAAUUUAUUUGUUAUAUUAAAGUUUAAUUUUUUUGUGUAAAUAUGUAUAUUUAUAUAAUUUGCAAUUUACUGUACAUCAGCCAUGCAUCCUAAAAUAAAAUAACCAA